GGUUUUGUUCUCUUUUGGUUUCAUAACGUUGGAAGGAAGAAAGGAAGGUAAGGCUUUUCUCCACUGCAAACAGUGCAGCGAAAAGUGACGAGCAACAGUGAGCUGAGUCGAGUCGUCAUGAGCGCCGAGACACUCCCCCCGCAACCGCCGCCUCUGCCCGCAACGGAUCCACCGAGCAGCCCCACGCCAAGGAUCUCCAUAGUGCAUGGUCCUGUUAUCGUCGGCGCCGGACCCUCCGGCCUCGCCGUCGCCGCUUCCCUCCGCCGCCUCUGCGUGCCCUCGGUUAUACUCGAGCGGUCCGACGGUAUCGCCGACCUGUGGAGCCACCGCAUGUACGACCGCCUCACCCUCCACCUCCCCAAGCCCUUCUGCCAGCUCCCGCAUCUCCCCUUCCCUGCCUACUUCCCGUCCUACCCCUCCAAAGACCACUUCCUCGGAUACUUGCACGCCUACGCCCACCACUUCUCCCUCCGCCCGCUCUUCGGUUGCACCGUGAUGGACGCCCGGUUCGAUCCAGCCGUCUCCCUCUGGCGAGUGACGUCGAGCCGGUCGACGUCGUCGGUCUCGAGCGAGACCUUGACAGAGCCGAGGGAGCCGGAGGUGGUGGAGUUCCUUUCGCCAUGGCUGGUGGUGGCGACGGGGGAGAAUGCAGAGCCGGUGGUGCCGGAGAUCAAGGGAGCGGAGGGGUUCGAGGGGAGCCUGUUGCACUCGAGCGAGUACAAGAGCGGGGUGGAAUAUGAGGGGAAGAGGGUAUUGGUCGUGGGGUGUGGGAAUUCCGGGAUGGAGAUAUGUGUGGACCUGUGCGAGCACGGAGCAAUGCCCUUCAUGUCAGUGCGAAGUGGGGUGCACAUUUUGCCGAGGGAGAUGUUGGGGACCUCCACGUUUGGCGUGGCGAUGAAGCUGCUCAGAUGGUUGCCAACCAAAGUGGUGGAUAGGUUCCUGUUAAUCAUGGCCAAGAUGAUGAUCGGAGACACUGAGAAGUAUGGUCUGAAGAGGCCAAAGGUUGGCCCUCUGGAGCUCAAGAACACAACCGGCAAAACCCCCGUUCUGGAUGUGGGAGCCCUAUCGCGCAUCAAAGACGAACGUAUCAAGAUAGUAUCAGAGGUGGAGUCACUAACAAGCAACGGAGCCAAGUUCGUGGACGGGGGAGAGAUGGCGUUCCACGCGGUGGUGUUCGCAACGGGGUACAAGAGCAAUGCCCCACUCUGGCUCAAGGAGGCUGGUGUUCUCACAGCGGAAGGCAAGCCGGAGCACUCGUUCCCUAAUGGAGAGAAGGGCAUCUACUUUGUAGGCUUUUCAGGGAAAGGUCUUCUUGGCGCCAGCGUCGAUGCCAUCAAGACUGCUCUCGAUGUAUCUGCAAGAUGGACACGCCUCUCAGAGAGCAAAGAUGUUGGUCUCUAA